AAUACCAACGCGACCCUCACGUCUCCGCGCAAUUCUCAACACUGGGUUGGCUGCUUCAAGGCAUGAGGAUGCGAGCGGGGAUUUAGUUUCAGUGUCUUUUACCGUCUGGAACAGUUUAUUACCUUUCUCCCGCACACAGAAACGGAUUUAGACACACGAAACAAGGUUCGUGGCCCUCAUUCUCACUACAGAAUAUGAUGCAGAGGCCCUCCUCUCCGAAGGGAAGUUGAAUGGGAAUACUGCCACACGUGUCAGCUCGUGAUCAAUGAACUCAGUCCAUUCAAUCACAAAAGGAACUAACCUGAACUACUGAAGAAAAAGAGGGGAUAUAACGACACAGACAUCUUUUUGCGGAUAUGGCGGCGACAGAUGCAUGUUCAGCGCCUGUACAGGAAGAUGGCACCACCACCAAGUCUAAAACAGAGGUGGAGCCCACAAACUCAGAGACUGUCAUGGAGGCUGUCACGGAGGCUGUCACGUCUCCACCCGAAGAGGCACAUCCUGCCGGAGAGACCAAACAGAGCACAGAGCAGCCUGCCGAUGGCAAAGCUAAACAGGCCUCUGAGAAUAUUUUCUCUUCCUUCCUGAAUAAGAGUGGACUGGGAAAAGUCAUGGGAGGGAAGAAGAAGAAGGAGCAGAGCACAGAGGCUGUGGAGGCUAAUGGAGAGGGCAACACAGAGCAGAAAAAGGCCUCUGACCAAGCAGAGGAGCCGGCAACCAAUGGCACAGAGGCAGCGGCUGAGGACCCGGCCAUUGAGAAAGCUCCGGAGAACCAGGUGAAGGUCCGAUCCAAAUCCUUGGACAGGUUAGAGGACCCUGAGGCCCUCAAUGCCACAGUGGAUCAACUGGAAGAUGCCCCGGCAGCAGAAGGGUCAGAGAAGCCUGCCUCCAGUGCAGCGACCAAACACAUUAAACGCUGGCAUUCCUUUAAGAAGCUUAUGGCCCAGAAGAGUCACAAGAAGAGCACAGAAGAGUCUAAGGAGGCUGAAGGUAGCGAGGGUGCGUCUGGGGGCACUCCUGGCGACACAAGUACACUGGACUCCAAGGCUUCAGAAUCCAGUGGCCAGAAACGGUGGAAACUGAAAAGGUCAUGGACAUUCCAGGGGCUGAAAAGAGACCCAUCAGUCGUAGGCAUCAGCAAAGCAGCCGCUACGGGUGAGAAGGCGGAAGGUGAGGAAAAUGCCACAGAGAACGAUGAAGCGGCUGCGCCUGAAACAGAUGAAGCCACGGCACAGGUAGACGGAAAAACACAGGAGAAGACAAACACAGACGGAGAGGAGGAAAAGGGAGCCACCGCCGCCCCACACAAAUCAAUGAACCAACACGCAGAUGAGAUUUGGACCUCCUUCAAGAAACGUGUGAUCCCCAAGUCCAAGCGGUCAGCAGACAUGGUGGCUGCCAGCGGGGAGGAGGAAGGUGCUGCAGCAUCUGAACUGGCCGAGCAGACGGAAGAGGCAGGCAAAGAGCAGGCCAAGUCGGCCAAGGCCAAGCGAACACACUUCAACCGCGCCGUUUCGCUGAAAAACUUCAUCAUGCGAAAGGGGAAGAGCACCAGCGUGGACCAGGGAGACGGCGCUCCGAAGGAGGGUAAGGAGGCGGCAGAUGGGGAGGCGAAGGACACAGAGGACGCGGCUGCCCCAGCUGGCACGUCUGACAGUCAGCAGGCGGCAGACGGGGAGGCGAAAGACACAGAGGACGCGGCUGCCCCAGCUGGCACGUGUGACAGUCAGCAGGGAGAAGCUGACGCUGCUCAGGGCGAGAGCAACGACAAAGGAGAGGCUCAGGUGGCCAAUGAGCACACAGUCGCCGAUGGAGAGGCAAAGGAGCCCGCAACGAGCACACCGUCUGGUCCUGAGCCAGAGAAGGCCAACUCAGCUGAGCCCGCAGCACCGGCAGAGCCUGCGGCAGAAGUGAAAACCAACGGUGAGAAUGGUUGCUCGAACGGCACGCCCGAAGAAGACGCCACACACAAUCAUGAAACGACCCUGAAAAAGGACGGACCAACAGACGAGGCCAAACAAGAAAACACCAACUCCACGAAGGACGCGAAGAUGCUGAACCUCGGCACAGGAAAUGCAGUUGCCCAAAUCGGUGAGUUUGCAGUAGAAAUAGACUGUGGCGAUGAUGACCUCCAGCAAAAUGGAGCUAACAUGAUGACACAGGUCAAAUUAGAACUAGGGACUAGCUUUGAGUUAGAGGCCGGGGGGGAGGGACCUUCUCAAAAUGGAGGGUCCCAUUCUGAGUCAGGGGAGACCAACGCUGAGCCACAUAACCAAGAGGAAGCGCGGAAGAGGAUG